AUGGCAGAAUCCCACCUGCAAUCAUCCCUGAUCACAGCCUCACAGUUUUUCGAGAUCUGGCUUCAUUUCGAUGCUGACGGAAGUGGUUACCUGGAAGGGAAGGAGCUGCAGAACUUGAUCCAGGAGCUUCUGCAGGCGCGAAAGAAGGCUGGAUUGGAGUUAUCACCUGAGAUGAAAACCUUUGUGGAUCAGUACGGGCAGAGAGAUGAUGGAAAAAUAGGAAUCGUAGAGCUGGCUCAUGUCUUACCCACAGAAGAGAAUUUCCUGCUGCUCUUCCGAUGCCAGCAACUGAAGUCCUGUGAGGAAUUCAUGAAGACUUGGAGAAAGUAUGACACUGACCACAGCGGCUUCAUAGAAACUGAGGAACUCAAGAACUUUCUAAAGGACCUCCUAGAGAAAGCAAACAAGACCGUGGAUGACACAAAACUGGCUGAGUACACAGACCUCAUGCUAAAACUCUUUGAUUCAAAUAAUGAUGGGAAGCUGGAGCUGACAGAGAUGGCCAGGUUACUACCAGUGCAGGAGAAUUUCCUUCUUAAGUUCCAGGGAAUCAAAAUGUGUGGGAAAGAGUUCAAUAAGGCUUUUGAGUUAUAUGAUCAGGACGGCAACGGAUACAUAGAUGAAAAUGAGCUGGAUGCUUUACUGAAGGAUCUGUGUGAGAAGAACAAACAGGAACUGGAUGUUAAUAAUAUUACUACAUACAAGAAGAACAUAAUGGCCUUGUCGGAUGGAGGGAAGCUCUACCGAACAGAUCUUGCUCUUAUUCUCUCUGCUGGGGACAACUAG